AUGCGCGAUGAAUCAGACAAAAUCCGCGUCACAAACAUCAUCAUCGUUGUACUCGCAGCUACCUGUUGUGCGUUGCGCAUUUUCCAUAAGUGCUUGACCUCCGGCCUAAAAGGACUCGACGUGGACGACUACAUCGUGCUAGGAGCUACUAUACUGGGAAUCGCUACCGUCAUCAUUAUUGACAGAGGUGUCAUACCCAAUGGAAUCGGAAAAGAUGUAUGGGCUGUCCCAUUCGAAAACAUUACGCGCUUCUCCUUUUGGUUGUACAUCUUGACACUCACAUAUUUCUUGAUGGUGCCGACAGUCAAGCUUGCACUCCUCUUCUUCUUCCUCAGGAUCUUCCCAAAAACCUGGACUCGACGAUUGCUAUGGGCAACAGUCGUAUUCAAUGUCAUAUAUGGCAUUGUAUUUAUAAUCGUUGGCGUCUUCCAGUGCAGACCAAUAUCGUACUACUGGACGCAAUGGGAUGACACAAGCUCUACCUCUGGCCACUGCAACAACUUGAAUGCCAUAGCCUGGUCGAAUGCCAUCAUCAGCAUUGUUAUUGACAUCUGGAUGCUGGCUUUACCACUAUACGAGGUAUACCACCUUCAGUUGUCCUGGCGUCGCAAGAUAUGCGUGAGCUUGAUGUUUCUCGUCGGUACCUUCAUCACCGUGGUUUCUGGACUUCGACUUCAAUCGCUCGUAAAAUUUGCUACCUCGAUGAAUCCGACAUGGGACCAGGCCCAGAUAAUUCACUGGUCCAAUAUUGAAAUGGGUGUCGGUGUUGUUUGCAUAUGCAUGCCAUCCAUACGUAUCAUGCUUGUCCGUCUCUUUCCCAAGGCACUUGGCUCCCGGAGAGACGCUACGCAUGUUUACUCAAAGGAAGGCAAUCGCAGUGGUGCGGGUGGACCACAUAUAUUCAAAAGUGGCCUGGAUAAAAGGUCGAGCAGGGCUCCACAUGCUAUCACCUACGCACAGACAUAUGCAGUACACCGUGGCGAUGGUGACGAAAUCUCUCUGGUGCAGAUGGAGGAUCUUGAAUCGAAGGCUCCAAAGGCAUCAAGCACCCAUACCAGCGAAAUAAGCAUGUAGAUAUCGUUGAACAGACUCCUUCUCGCU